AUGGUGCACGGCGGGGCGACGGGCGGCGCGGGCGGGGAGGAGGGCCGAGGCGGGAGUGCGGCGCGGGAGAAGCUCGCGAAGCGGGCGAAGAGGAUCAAGGAGCGGCUCGGAAAGGACAGGAUCGCGAAGCUGAAGGAGAAGGCCGACAGGCGGGGGAUCGUCUAUAUGAGCCGCAUUCCGCCGCACUGCAAGCCCCACAAGAUUCGCCGGCUGCUGGAGCCGCACGGAGAGAUUGGACGGAUAUAUCUCGCGCCUGAGGAGGAGCACAAGCGCCAGCGGCGGCUCAAGUCGAACAAGACAACCGCGGGGAAGCUCUUCAGCGAGGGCUGGGUGGAGUUCGAGGACAAGCGGGAGGCGAAGGCUGCCGCGGCGCUGCUCAACGGGCAACCGAUGGGCGGCAAGAGCCUGAGCAAGCACCGCUACGACCUGUGGAACCUCCGGUACCUCCCGAAGUUCAAGUGGGACCACCUCACGGAGGAGUUGUCGUACAUGGCGCGCGUGCGCGAGCAGCGUCUCGCCCGCGAGGUGUCCCUCGGGAAGAAGGACCGCGACUUUUAUCUGCAGCAGGUCGACAAGGCGAAGAUGGUGGCCGCGAUGGAGGAGCGGCGCGAGCGGCGCGCGGGAGAUAAUUCGAAAGGGGCCGGGGCGGCGGACGCGGGGGCCGGGGCGGCGGCGCGGCCGGCUGUGGCGGAGAGGCACUUUGGGCAGCGGCGGGCGAAGGAGGACGAGGUGGAGCGGGGCGGGAAGGGGGCGCGGGUGUCGAAGAACCUGCUCCAGAUGCUGUCCGGGAAGGAUUGA